AUGAGAGUCGUCCGCGUGGUAGGCUACCACCAAAACCUCAAACUCGAAGAAGCACCAGAACCCGAAAUCACCUCUCCCCUCGAUGUCAUCGUCAAAAUCGGCGCUGCAGGCGUCUGCAGAACGGACAUCCACAUCCUCGAAGGUCAAUGGGAAGACAAAGCCAACGUCAAACUUCCCUACACCAUCGGACACGAGAAUGCCGGCUGGGUGCAUGCCAAAGGCGACGGUGUGACUAAUGUCGAGGUAGGAGAUAAAGUCAUCCUGCAUCCACUUGUGACUUGCGGUCUAUGCCGAGCAUGCCGUUUUGGUGACGAUGUGCACUGCGAGAACAGCACUUUCCCGGGCAUUAACGUCGAUGGUGGGUAUGCUGAGUACCUUAAAACUGGUGCCAGGAGCGUGAUCAAGCUUGAUCCGAGCCUGGAGCCGUCCGAUGUCGCUGCUCUUGCGGAUGCUGGAUUGACUGCGUACCAUGCUGUUGCUAAAGCGGCGCGGAAACUGAGACCAGGCAAUUUCUGCGUCAUCAUUGGAGCGGGUGGCUUAGGACAUAUUGGGAUUCAGGUCAUGAAGGCGAUUAGUGGUGCCACACUUGUAGUCAUUGAUCGGAAUGAAGCUGCGUUGAAGCUUGCGAAGGAUCUUGGUGCUGAUCAUGUUGUGCUAGGUAAGGAGGAUGGUAGCUUUGUGAAGGAGGUGAUGGAUUUGACGGGUGGUAAGGGUGCUGAAGCUAUUAUUGAUUUUGUUGCUGAGGGUGGCUCGACGAGUACUGGUGUGAAGAUGAUCAGACGAGCUGGAGAUUACUAUGUUGUUGGCUAUGGCGAGAAUAUCAAUGUACCAACCAUUGACAUCAUUUCUACCGAGAUCAACUUUAUUGGCAAUCUGGUCGGCUCGUACAACGACCUUGCUGAGCUCAUGAUUUUGGCUGCUCAGGGUAAGGUCAAGCUUCAUACGAGCAUCUACAAGCUCGAGGACUUCCAGAAGGCCAUCGACGACCUUUCGGCUGGUAAGGUUCGAGGCCGAGCAAUUCUUGUGCCGUAA